CCGGGCCAGUGGGCGGUAUAGCAGGGCACGACGGGCCGACAUGGCGUUGCUAUGCAGAGUUGCGGCCGCUUCCCUCCGCGUCUCCCGGAGCCGGCCCUUAGUGGCGGCUGCAGUCAGAGCGAGCAGCGCAGGGGCUCAGUACCAGCACAUCCUGGUGGAGAAGAAGGGUGAGCGAGGGAACGUGGGCUUCAUACAGCUGAACCGGAAGAAAGCUUUGAACGCCUUGUGCGAUGAGCUGAUGAGAGAGGUCGGCCUGGCGUUGGAUGAGUUUGAAAAUGACCCUGAGAUCGGAGCCAUUGUCCUCACUGGAAGCGAGAAGGCUUUUGCAGCUGGUGCUGAUAUCAAGGAGAUGGUGGACAAAACGUUCCAGGAAUGCUACGCGGGGAACUUCCUGACCCACUGGAAUCAUGUGACCACAGGAAAGAAGCCGGUGAUAGCUGCCGUCAACGGCUACGCUCUCGGGGGAGGGUGCGAGCUGGCCAUGAUGUGUGACAUCAUCUACGCUGGGGACAAGGCACAGUUUGGACAGCCGGAGAUUCUACUGGGAACUAUUCCCGGUGCCGGGGGAACACAGAGGUUGACUAAAGCUGUGGGCAAGUCACUGGCCAUGGAAAUGGUGCUCACUGGAGACCGCAUCUCAGCUCAGGAAGCCAAAGCAAGCGGGCUUGUGAGCAAAGUGUUCCCAGCAUCUGACGUAGUGGAUGAGGCCAUCAAGUGUGGAGAGAAGAUCGCGUCCAACUCCAAACUCAUCGUGGCAAUGGCAAAAGAGGCGGUUAAUGGCGCAUUUGAAUUAACAUUGGCGGAGGGAAACCGACUGGAGAAACGUCUGUUCCAUUCAACAUUUUCCACCAACGAUCGGAAAGAGGGGAUGAAUGCAUUUGUUGAGAAGCGGAAGGCGAACUUCACAGACCAGUGAAUGAAGUUGUGAGUCUUGAAUUGUGGGAACGAAAAGCUAGAAAUGGCAUGAAAAUACAUCCAUUAUAACAUGCCUCCUCACUACAAAUAAAAAUCCUAUUUUUAAUA